GUUCCUUCUCUUCCUCCCCCACCUCUGAUCACUUAGCGUGGGUUCCGUCGUCAAACGCAACCUUCCCAGUCUUACGGGUCGCCUCUCCUGAUUGGUUCUUCAAGACCGUAUCACCACUUCCCUCGUGUUCUGUCUCGACGAUCGACCUCACACGUAAACGACCCCUGAUAUAAACUCAGCAACGUAACAGCUUGGACACCUCCCCCGCCAUGAUUCAACAUCUGAGUCCCCGCAAAAUCAUAUCGGAGGUGGCUUCCGUCAACCAGACUGGGAUGGAACAAUGGGGGAGAUGGGUCGGGCGCCAUCACUACUCUUUGGAGAUGGUGCAGCACCCCCUGCGAGCGAGGAUGUGCGGUUUCGGAGACAAGGAUCGAAGGCCCCUAGCACCGGCAGCGGUCGCGCGUUUAGUUGUCAAACGGGAGGACGGGACCCCUCUUGAUGUCGAUGAUUUGGAUUACUCUUUUUUCUUGGUGACUGUUGAUUUAUGGUCGGAAGACGGGGUCCUUGAACGGAAUCUCGUCUUGCAUCCAACGGCAGAGCGCUAUCCCCCGGCGCAAGCGCCCAAGCAGAGACGUGCACGAGGAGGGAGCACGGCUGCACCUAGUUCCAGUAACUCUCGGACAUACACGCCGACACCAACGCCAGCUGCAGCCCAGUUUAGCGGAUCUUCGCCUCACACAGGACCGCCAGGAUCGAAUUAUAGUAAUCCGAAUUACUACACAGCCCAAUCACCUGCUCCUGUAGGGACGAGUGCUUUUUCUUCCCCCAUACUCCAAGCACAACCUCCGCCGCUGUCUUCCACUCAUCCUACGUGGGGCUAUUCGUCGACUGCAAGCACACUUCAAGCAGAUCGGGCAAAUCCGGGCUAUUCCGUACCGGCCCUUCCCCCGAUCCAGUCCUUCAGCCCACGUUCUGGUCCCGAGAGCCAGCCUUGGAACCCUGCUCAUCCAGCAUCUGUCCCAGAGCCGACGUAUCGGCCAUGGGGCACAGACACUCAUACGUCGUACCCCGAUCCUUAUGCCGGUCCUUCGACCUCACAACAGCAGUAUGAUCCUGCGCUGCUAAAUGCGAAUCCGGGACCAUAUCCCCCGGCUCCACCGGCAGCGCAGCCAGCUCAUUUCCGCAUGCCGUAUGUCCGGACGCUCAUUGGGCCACUGUCUUCCAAUGGGUACCGGUUACUUGAUGAGCACCGCAAGGCAGGGAUAUUCUUCUUGUUUCAGGAUCUUUCCGUUCGCACAGAAGGCACAUUCCGACUGAGGUUGCGGCUGAUGAACAUCGGAGGGCCUCCUGCGCCUGAGCGGGGGGCAACAUUUGUUUCGACCAAACCGUCGUCUGUGCUAUCGCAGAUUUUCUCGGAGCAAUUUACGGUUUACUCUGCCAAACGGUUUCCGGGAGUUCCAGAAACCACUGCGCUGUCGAUUGCACUGGGCAAUCAAGGGCUCAAACUUCCUUUGCGAAAUCGAAACAAACGAAGACGGGGUGACGGAUCCGACGACGAUUCGGAUGGGGAUUAAAAUGUCUUGUGACUACUUUUUAUUAAAUGGACUGGAUGUGCGACUCGGUGUAUGGAAUGGAAUUAAAGGCGGUAACCCUAACCUCAUCUA